UUGAUUGUAGUAGAGGGUUUUUGCAAAUCCAAGUUGCCCCGGAGGAUGUCCCAAAAACAGCCUUUACGUGUCAUAGAGGUUUGUUUGAAUUUGUACGAAUGCCUUUCGGACUGUCUAAUUCACCCGCCAGUUUCCAGCGGUUGAUGGAUACAGUGUUGGGAGAUGCGAAGUACAAUUUCGCAAUGGCAUACAUGGAUGAUGUCGUAGUGUUUUCUAGAAAUUUUCAGGAACACUUGGAACACCUUUCAAUCGUCCUUGCAAGGAUGAAUGAAGCGGGCAUAACAAUCAACCCCCGCAAGGUGCAGUUGGCAUCGUCUAGGAUCAGCCUUCUCGGCUUCGUGGUGGACAGAGGGACCAUCCGUCCUAACGACGACAAGCUAAAGGCGAUCACGGACUUUCCGGUUCCCGGUAACGUCAAAGCCUUGCAGCGCUUCCUAGUUCUCUUGCAGGAGCAUGACGCUAUUCUUUGUCCAGUGGCUUUUGCAAGUCGCACGCUGAAUCCGGCAGAACGGAACUACUCCGUGACGGAAAAGGAGUGCUUGGCGAUCAUCUUCGCUUUCAGGAAGUUCGACCUUUACCUGGACGGCAGUACCUUCACUGUCCAGACUGACCACCAGGCACUUUCUUGGCUGCAGCGGCUUCAUAACCCGGCUGGACGACUUGCCAGGUGGGCCCUGACGCUACAAGGCUACUCCUUCAACGUGGAGUACAGGCGGGGCUCAACAAACGUGGUAGCAGACGCGCUGUCCCGCGCGCCUCUACCGGAGGGGGAAGAGGAAGGCACCGAGGCGCCUUCUCAACUUCUGGCAGCAGCACAGGUGGCACGAGACGUAUCUUCGUCUUGGGGCACGGUCGUGAGCAGAGAGCAGCUCCUAGACGCUCAGAGAGCGGACGGCCUUUGUCAGCGGGUGUCGCAGUGGAUAGCUGAGCAAGACUCGGCGGACACCGGAACGACUGACGGACGGCACGACUCCUAUCUGCUGGGCGAGGAUGGCAUCCUGUUCAGAUACAUACCCCAGGCGGAUGACGAUGACGGCUCAUCCCCGUUCAGAGUCGUGGUGCCACGGAAGUUGCAUGCAACGACGUCCGCAGCAUCCCGCCCGCCGUGCACCUGCCCGCUCCCGUUCCCGCGGAAGCCGCCCGGAUCCGGAUCCACCCCAGCACCACUCCGUGGCCACCUGGACAGUUGUGUCCCACGGACAGCCGGUUUCCUGGGCAUCCCGCACACGGUGGGCUCACCAGCCAAGGCCCCUCCGGGGGGACGACCCCACACAGACUCCGGCUCCGUUUCGCGGUCUGACGCUCACCGACCGCCACCCGGCCGAUCCCCUACAGCCCCUCACUGCGGAGGAGAAGCGGAUCCUAUGCCCGCUCUGCUUGGUCCCCGAACUGCACCGUCCGACACACCGCCGGGGCCCACUUCACCAGGCCCGAACGGAGGCCGCCCGGACAGCCAACGACGUGACAACAGCCCUCUCCACCCUCAGGCGGCUCAGACCCGAACUUCUGAUGGAGACCAGGCCUCCCCCUCCUCCGCCGCCUGCCCCCUCUUCAGCCAUGGACGACGCCGUACUAGACCUGUCGGACGACCUCAUGACCCUGUAAGGGAGGGGGGGUGUGGCGAUAAGAGAGCGCCACGGGUUACGGCGAUAGGGGGCAGCCGUGCUCCAGGGGGGCGUGCCCCACGCAGAGGGAUAAAAGCGGUGAUCCGCUGGAUAAGAGCCCUUUUUCGUUGUGCGGUUUUGCUGGGUGCAAGCUGUCUGAACGUGAAAUAAACCUGGUAUGUCUGUUUGAAUUUCUGUUGUGCUGCUUGUUCCUUCGCGCACG